AUGCAUCGAAGUGAUGGCCUCGUUCAGCGACGAGUGGCAAAUAACAACAGCAAUGGCGGGACGGGCAACAACCAGGACAGUGACGGCGGCGGCGGUGGAGGAGGAGCAGGCGUGGACCACGACGGCGGUGAGCCUACCUCCCUCAACGGCGACUAUGACGCCUCAAAGGACACUCGUUUCACCCUGAUGGAGGAGGUGCUCCUCCUCGGCCUUAAGGACAAAGAGGGAUACACCUCCUUCUGGAAUGACUGCAUCUCCACCGGACUGCGCGGCUGCAUUCUCAUUGAGCUCGCCCUGCGUGAUAAAAUUGAGCUGGAGAAGGUGGUCGGCCGCAGAAGAAGCCUCCUCCUGCGGAAGGUGGUGCUGAAGAGCGCCGAGCUGACCGGCGACACGCUGCUCGACGAGGCGCUGAAGCACAUUCGCGACACGGAGACGCCCGAGACGCUGCAGAACUGGGUCGACUACCUCAGCGGUGAGACGUGGAACCCGAUGAAGCUCCGCUACCAGCUGAAGAACGUCCGCGAGCGCCUCGCGAAGAACCUCGUGGAGAAGGGCGUCCUGACGACCGAGAAGCAGAACUUCUUCCUCUUCGACAUGACCACCCAUCCGCUGAUCAACUCGACGCUGAAGAACAAGCUCAUCCGCAAGGUGCAGGAGGCGCUGCUGGCGAAGUGGGUCAACGACCCGCACCGCAUGGACCGCCGCACGCUGGCCCUCAUCCUCCUCAGCCACUCCUCCGACGUGCUGGAGAACGCCUUCAUCUCCCUCUCCGAUGACGACUACGAGGUGGCGAUGAGGCGAGUGCGCGAGCUGCUGGAGCUGGACAUGGAGGCGGAGGCGCAGAGGCACAGCAACGGCAAUGAGAUCAUGUGGGGCGUCUUUGCGGCGCUCAUCAAGUCCAACUGA